AAACGUGUAAUAAAAAAAUAAUAUAUUUCGUCACUGUUGUUGGGGGAUCAAUCACGACACGAGCUAGGGUUUGUUUAUGCUUCUUCUUUAUUCUCCAAAUCUACAGUCUCCAAUAAUAUGAUCACAGUUUUCGCAUAACAAUCCCAUUCGCGUGAUCGAUUUGUACACCAUGGCUCUUCCUCUUGGGAAGCUCACAAUAAUUAUCGGAGCAGGCCUUGUUGGGUCGGUUCUUGCUAAAGAAGGUCGCAUGCCCGGUGUUUCUGAUUUGUUUUCUGGUGCUUCUAAAGUACUUAAACUAAUUAGUCAUGAUGAGAAACCUGCGUCAUCAAAAACAAAACCACUCAACGACUCGUUGUUAGCACAGGUCAAUAGCCUAAGGCAGGAGCUGCAACUUCUGGCGUCAAAUAGACCUGUUACUAUUGUCACCUCUAGUGGUUCAGGAGGAAACAAAUACGGUGUCGUUAUCAUUAUUGCUGUUGUAGGAUAUGGUUAUGUUUGGUGGAAGGGCUGGAAACUUCCUGAUAUGAUGUUUGCUACAAAGCGUAGUUUAUCUGAUGCAACAAAUGCUGUGGCUAAACAACUAGAGACUGUCUACUCUUCACUAGCGGCUACCAAGCGACAUCUUUCUUCAAGAAUCGACCGUGUUGAUUGUAGUUUAGAUGAGGUUGCAGAAAUUACUGCUUCUACAAAAGACGAGGUUUCUGCAAUACGUGGAAAAACAAAAGUGUUUUCCGAGGAUGUUCAAUCUAUACAUAACAAAGUUUACACUCUGGAGAGUAAGCUGAGUAUGUUUGAAUUGAAGCAGGAUGAAACAAACUUAGGAGUGAAGAGGUUGAUACACACUGCCAUAUCAAUGGAAAAUCAGGCACCGAGUAAUAGUCUUAUGGGAAGCCAAUCCAGUUCAUCGAAGCCAGCUCUUGAAUUGCCACAUAGGGCUAUGUCUCUGCCACCAGUUCAAAUUGAGGAACUACAAGCAUCACCCCCUUUGUCUCCCAAGGCUAAGCGACCUUUGGAAACUGCUGUCUCUGCCGCCUCUGGCUUAAAGGUUCUUCACGACGUGCCUGAAGAAGCUAAAACCACUCCCCGAGCAUCAAACAAGCUGAACAUUACAGAAGAAGGAAGCUCGAACUCUAGUAGUGUGUUAGGUCGGACAUUUUCUGGUAUCAGUUCUGUUUUCUCACUUGGCCGUCCUCCAAAUAGACAGUAACGAAGCUCGUCCAUUUUUUUUACCGAUCUGAACCGGAACUUGAACAUAUAUUUUUGUAAUUAAUAGAAAGAAGGAAAAAGCCUUUGGUUAAGUGGGAGGGUAGUUCGGGCUUUGUUUAGUAAGGGGUUUGGCGGAUGGGAAACUGGUUACAUAAUCUUAAACUAGAAAUUCUGUGUAGUUUUGAGAUUAUGAUGGAAUCCAGUUUUUUUGGGGAUUUUGUUGUUUCGAGUUUGAAUUAUCCAGUCGCAUCUUCUGAAGGAUGUCUAUGGUUGGUUGGUCGGUCGGUCAUUCAUUAGUGUUACCCAACCAUUGAAACAUAAGGAACUGGUUUGAUCACAAAACUUUAAGGUGUAUAAUUAAUAAAUGUUUCUUUUAUCUUUA